CUCCCUCUAAUGAAUACUUUUAAAAACUACCUAAAUAGAGACUAGUCAUUAACAAUUUGUUUUUGGGGACUCUGUUUUACAUGAUGAAAACAGAGUAAAACAGAGAGGACUUUAGGAAACAACAUACGAAGACCGGAUGAUGAACAUGGCGAGAUUAUCCACGAAUGACCGGUUUGAGAAUAUCAGAGAUUGGGAUUUCAAUUAUGGCAUCAGAUUUCCUCAAAAUCGUCCAUUUACCUUCCGCAGAAGUUGAUCUUCCGGCCAGCUGCGUAAAUGUAACAUGUGUUCAGAAGUGAAGCCAGAUUCACCAAAACUCAUACCAUAGAGACUCCUUCUGCACUCGAAGAAUCUAGUCAUCCCCUUCAUCUGGGUCGUGUGGAAGUUCCAAGAACAGAUGGUGAUGAUAAGGAAGAUUAGGAGGAAGAGUUUUGCUGCCGAUAGGAAUUGAAAUUGUUCUAAUUGUUUCAACUCUGUUUUAAUUGUUCUUUGUUUGAGAGUUGGUCGAUUGGAGUUCUGCUUUGUGCUGAUUUUUUAUACAAAUUAAUAAAAAUUGUAAUUAUUG